AUGCCUCAACAAAGGAAGCGAAGUACUCCGUUGGCUCCUGAUGCUGCUGCGAAGAGGCGUAAAGCAGAUGAGCAAUUAGUCAAUAAGGGGGACUUUGAAGCCCAUCUUGAACACCUAUCGCAGAUUUCUGAAGCUGAGAGCAUCUCAGUGACAGAGAGAAUUGAGCUUGAAGAAGGUCUUGGUUCGACAAAAUCCAUCGCUUUCCAGGUAUUCGAUAUCGAAACAUAUCAUGAGCCAGGCUCAAGUACAACGUUCGAUAGGACAAACGUCAAGCUGUAUGGUGUUACUCAGCGAGGGAACUCAGUUUGUGCGAUUGUGACGGACUAUUUUCCCCAUUUUUAUUUCCAGGCCCCUGAGCGUUUCGCUGUUGAACACUUGGAUGUUGCUCAAAGGAAUCUCAACAACGCAAUUGCAACCUCUAUGCGGCGAGCCAACUCCAACCUUCAAAUGUCUUCUGUUGUUGUUGAUAAUUUGGUGCACUUGAGUAUCGUCGAAGGAGAGAACAUUUACUAUUAUAGA